AUGACGUCGCUAAUAACCUCAUCUCUGCAAGCUCUGAAGCUUUCGUCUCCAUUCGCCCAUGGCUCGACUCCACUCUCAUCUCUCUCUAAGCCCAAUUUAUUCCCGAACCCUCGAAGGCCGGCAUUGGUUCCGGUCAUCAGAGCCAUGAAAACGAUGCAGGGGCGCGUGGUGUGCGCAACCAACGACAAGACCGUGGCGGUGGAGGUGGUGAGGCUGGCUCCGCAUCCCAAGUACAAGAGGCGCGUGAGGAAGAAGAAGAAGUACCAGGCGCAUGACCCGGAUAAUCAGUUCAAGGUGGGCGAUGUGGUGAGGCUGGAGAAGAGCAGACCCAUCAGUAAGACUAAGUCAUUCGUGGCGCUUGCUGUCGUCUCAAGGAGCAGCAGGAAAGCGGAAGGCGGAGGAGAAGCUGGGAACGACCUCGGCAUUCCCUUGGAAUCUCAGCAGCCGGCGUAG